AUGAAAACUAGGAAUUUCCAAUUAGCCUCAAGAUGCUGCUUUUGCAAGAAAGAAGAGGAAUCACUAGAUCAUAUACUGUGGAAAUGCAACUAUAGUGAACUAAUCUGGAAAUGGUUGGGAGAUAUGUUCAGUUUCAAAAAUCCACAAUCUUUUGAGGAAGUAUUCAAUGCUGCAAAACAAAAAAAUCCUGCAGUAAGUGAAAUACGGAGAAUUUCUGCUUUUAUUACUUUAAAAGAACUGUGGUUCCAAAGAAAUAAGUGUGUGCAUGAAGAUGAAGCUUUCAAAGAUCACAUAAUCAAGUCUAAAAUUCUACAUUUCACUGCAAAAUGUGAAGUGAGAAUGAAAAAACCUAUGUGGAAUUCAAUUUAUGAUCUUCAAAUCUUAAAGUGCUUUGGGUUGAAAUGCAGAAGGAUCAAAUCUUGUUUAGUUCAUGAAAUAUGCUUCAAACUACCACAGCAGAAUCAACUACUACUUUGUUGUGAUGGAGCUUCUAAAGGUAAUCCAGGCUUGUUAGGUUAUGGAGUUAUAGCAAGAAAUGCACAGGGAAAAGUGGUAAUUGCCAUAGAGGGGUGCCUUGGAAUUGCAACAAGCUAUUUUGCAGAAAUUAUGGCAAUUCUUUUUGCAGGAGAAUGGGAAAUACAAAAUGGUUUCAGAUGUCUUCUCUUUAGCUUUGAUUCAAGAGCUACAAUUAUAGAUUUUCAAAGUAAAAGAGUCCCCUGGUUUGCAAUUUCAAGAUGGGAGAAAAUAUGCAAGACUGUAAGCUCAUGGGAGUUCAUCCAUAACUACAGAGAAGUAAACUUCUAUGCAAAUGACUUGGCAAAAAGGGGAGCAAGGUUACAAGGAAGAGAAAAGCAAAUCUAUACUAGUAAACCUCCUUUCCUUAUUGAAAUUGAAAAUGAAAACAAAAAAUACUAUAGAAGGAACUAG